GUUCCCCUAAAGUCGUCCAUUUACGUGAAGACGGAGAUGACGUUUCGUGUUAAAAAGGAUUGUUCGAAUUUCUAAAUAAAUGGUUUAAAGAGGGUUUUUGCAUUUAGGGCAUAGUUUAGUUUUUUUAGAAGCACCAUGGAUUAUCUGGAUCAGAACGGCGGUUUAGGUCUGACUGGCGAACAGACAGAAAAGGUCCUCGAGUUUCAGAACCUGACUGGCAUCGAGGACAUAGCGAUAUGCCGGGACGUCUUGGCCCGUCACUCGUGGAACCUCGAGGUGGCCGUCCAGGAGCAGCUAAACAUCAGAGAGGGCAGACCGUCAGUCUACGCGGUGGAGACUCGACCGCCGCAGGUGGUGAGCGACGAUCCGAUGCUGCCUGCGCACUCGUACUACGCCCCGCCGACCGACGGUUCCGGUUCCGGCCUCCGCGGCGUCAUGCACGCCAUCUUCGGCCUCCUGUUCAACGUCGCCUACACCACGGUCGUCACCUUCGUGCAGAUCGCCAGACGCAUGCUAGGAAUCGAAUACCGUCCCCGCACCGAUCCAGUGGAAGAGGUGAUGGAGUUCAUCAGAUCGUACGAGGACCGUUACGGCAGCACCCAUCCAGUCUUCUACCAGGGCACGUUCUCGCAGGCGCUGAACGACGCCAAGCGCGAACUCCGCUUCCUGCUCGUUUAUCUACACGACGCGGACGCGACCGACACCGAGCUGUUCUGCAGGAGCACGCUGUCCAACAGAUCGUUGGUGGAGUAUGUAAACGCGCACUUCCUCUUCUGGGGAUGUUCAGCCCAUUCCGACGAAGGUCGACGCACCAUGAACGCGGUCAAAUGCGGCGGCCGGAGGCCCUUCCUCGGCGUGCUCGUCCUGAAAGAAGGCCACAUGACGAUCGUCGGCCGGCUGGAGGGCCACUGCGAGGCGGGUCUGUUGGUGCAACGGUUGCGAGCCGUCGUCCAGGAGUUUGAUAGGAAUUUGGUGCAGGCACGUGCCGAUCGCGUCGAGGCCAGCAUAAAUCGGUCGUUGCGCCAGCAUCAGGAUGAGGCGUUCAUGGAGUCGCUGCGUGCCGAUCAGGAGAAGGAGCGUCGCAGGGAGGAGCAACGCCGACAGGAGGAAGCGGAACGAUUGCGCAUCGAAGAGGAGAAGAAGGCCGAGGAGGCGCGCAGGCUCAGUAUCAAGAAAGAGAAAAUCGAAUCGGUCCACAAAGUGCCUGAGGAGCCGGACUCUUCACAUCCGGACGUGGUGCACGUGGUAUUCAAAUUGCCGUGCGGCAGCCGCUUGGAUAGGCGUUUCCUUAAGACACAUUCCCUAGAACACGUGUUCUAUUUCGUAUUUUGCCAUCCGGAAGCGCCCGAUUCAUUCGAGAUCACGACGAACUUCCCGAAAAGAGUGUUGCCUUGCAGGCCCAACAACUCCCAGGAAUCGAUCAUGACACUAGAACAGGCCGGCUUGAAAACGCGGGAAGUCCUGUUUGUGAACGACCUGGACGCCUAAAAUCAUACAACGGACAUUUUAUAGUUGUGCUCUUAGGAUAUGCCCUCAUUUCACAUACUUAUUUAUGUAAUUUAGUUUUAAUCAUCGUCUGAUUUUUUUGUUUGUCGGAUUUUAGACCACUCAAUGGGCUGAGGUCUACUUAAUUCCUAUUAUUUUUUUUUUCAUUGGAUUAUAGUUAUGACAUUAGGAUUAAAUUUGUUGAAAUUAUGUUUAAGGGAAAUUAUACAAGCAAAUGCAAAGUAUGAGAGCAGUUAUACUUUGUUUCUUGUAGUGAUGAUAAAAAAUUUUCAGUAGUGCCAAUGUCUCGAUUUUAAAGCACAUCUAUUUUUUAUCUUCUCCACUUCCUCGUUUUCAAUAAUAUGUGUAUUUUUCUAUAUCCAGAAUAGUAUUACCACAAUACAUAAGUAAGUAAUUGUGUAAAUACAUCAAAUUUCUCAAAGUGUAAUUUUUUAAGUACGUUACUACAUUAAGAUUUUUUGUAAAAUUAAUACAAAUGACAUUGGAUUCAGUAGCAUUUGAUGUGAUAACACGUUUAAACUAUUACUAUGUGAUUAUUUUAUAUUUUAACAAGCAUUUAUAUUGCACUUAUGUGAUUUUUUAUCCUCUGAAAACAGAACACAUGAGGGUAAAUAUUUUAAUAAGGAAAUAUUUCUGGUUUCUUAUGUAAAUAUGUAAAGAAUAAAUAAAUUUUGUUAUAAUA